GGUCGGGGAGCGGCGGGGCGCCCCGCUAUGGCGGGGGGUCGGGAGCACCGCGUGGGGCCCGGGGACACCUUGCCGGGACUGGCGCUGCGCUACGGCGUGACGAUGGAGCAGAUCAAACGCGCCAACCGCCUCUACACGUCGGACACCAUUUUCCUGAAGCCCACCCUCCUCAUCCCCCCCCCGGGGUGCCCCAGUGAGGCUCCCAUGGGGUCGGCGCCGUCGGACCCCACAACCCCCACCCCCGCCUCCACGCCGCACCCCGACCUCACAGCCAGCGACUUCCUGCGCCGCCUGGACGCCGACAUCGGCCGCUCCAAAGCAGCGGUGGUGGAGCAGCGGCUGCGUGCGGGUGUCCCCGAGGCCGCCGUCCCGCUCCCCCCCCCAGGGCCGUCCCUGCGGGGUCCCCAGCUCGGCGCUCAGCCCCUCACCAGGACACGGCGAGCGGCUGCACUGCGCGACACCGAGGAUGAGAUCUUCACACUGUGACCGUGGGGACAUCGCCGCGGCUGUGGGGACCUCAUUACAGCCAUGGGGACACCGUGACUGUGGGGAUGGGAUGUGGGGGGGGCUUCCGCCGGGUUGUGCCCCACUUUGGGGUCGGCCAAACCCGUGGACUGGAGCCUCCCCCUCACACUGGGAUGGGGUUCACCCGGUGAUGCUUUCCCUCUGAUCCUAUUUAUUUGUAAGGCUUUGCCUUUUGGGGUCUUUGCCUUUGGGGGUGUUGUGGGGGUGGGGGUCGGUCACCCGUGGGUUUCCCACCCUGCAGUGUGUAAAUAAAAGGGAGCACCGUG